UUUUUUGCCUCCAUAUAUUCAAAUACAUUUUUUCUUUCUCCUCGCAUUAAUUUCUUCUGAUUAAUUUCACUGCUUCUUCCAAAACGGCCAGUCGUACUCCUGGUACACACCGUUUAAAUUGUUUCGACGGUUAUUCCUUGGUGUUAUUGCAGAUCCUCGCUACCAGGAGCUGUUGUCGCAUUUAAAUUAAUCCUUAAACAAAAUAGAAAAAGCUAUAAAUAGUUUCAAAUGCAAGGAGAUUAUAAAACUGUCCGUAAUGAGACCUCUUUGUAUUGUCUGCAGUUUGUUUUUAUGACGCCAUGACGCGAUCUACGAUAAAAAAUGUUUACCUAUAUGACGCCUACAAUGCAUAUUUGCAUUCUUUUCGCUAGGGUUGUUGCACCAACAUUUUUUUCUGUAAAUCUUUCUUUUUAUGUUAUUUAAAAAGUAGCGCAUGGUUUUUAAAAAAAAGGGGCAGGUAUAUGAAAGAACAGAAAGUACUUAUUAAGUUGAUUAGUCGAUAUUCAGACAAACUAUCGUCGUCCUUGUUAUACACACCCUGUAAAUAUACUAUGAUCUCCCUCCAACGUAGAAUAUUGUAGGUAAUGUCAUAUUGGCCAGAGUCUCGUGUACUUUUCAUUAAGCUUUGUCUAAUCGGCUUUGGGACAAUUAAUUUAAUCUCACGAUGACUUAUGCUAAGCUGAGUAUCUAGUCGUGUAAUAAGGAAGCGACAAUUGAAUUAGCGUCGGACCGAUCUCUCUAUUUGUAGGGCUGUCCUGAAUACUAAGUAUUUUAUUAUAAGCAGUUUUAGGUAUAAAAAUAUUGAGCAGGUUUAUAUUCUUUAUGAAGGACGUGUAGAUAAAUCUAGGUUAAAAUUGGCUUGACAUGAUACUGUGUAACUCCUUUCUUUUUAACAAUACAUAAAGAAAUAAUUGAAAUAGCAUCGUCAUACAACAAACUAAUGAGGAUAAAGCUAAAAGGUUGCGAUAAAAUCAAAUAUUCAGUGAUUUAAAACAAAGAGAUGACCCUAAUUAUUAUUAUCUUUGUUAAUAGAACAAUAAUGUGUGUCAUGUAGGUCGCAGGUCGUGUAAUCUACACAUUGUCGCUGACCGCAGCGCACGGGAGUGUCCCACCGACUGACGACCGCGAAUAACACCUUCUAAAUUCAAACUUUGACAGUCUUAAAAUCUUUUUAAAAAUCGACACUUGUUUUUUUAAGUGACAGUAUUUGUUUUCUUUUAUAAAGAGUUUUUAAUAUUAUUGUGUGGAUGUGGAACUUUUUGGCGCGAAACAAGCAGGUGGGAGCGAUGUUGGGGUUGCUGUCUGUGGCGGCGGUGCUAACUAUUAUCCUUACUACUAAGGGUGGAAGUCAUGCAGAAGAAAAUAACGGAGUCGAAGAGCCAGAAGACGUCAGUCCCGCGACUCAUGUAUUCUCGACUUACAGUCUCCCAUCAAACGACAAAUUCAUGCCGUCUAUUGGCAAUGGCCACAUCGCCACCAACGUAUUCAGCGAUACUGUCUACAUGAACGGUCUCUACAACGGCCGCGCCGGCUACAGUCAUCGUGCUCGGAUCCCGGCCUGGGCUAACAUAAGACUGAACUCUACCCUUACUCAUCACCCCUAUAGCCCCGUAUACAGCCUUGAUACGAAAGAAGGAGUUUUCAAAGUAAGGGUCGACAGAGAAAGGUCUGUUGUAACACAACGGAUUUACGCUCAUAGAUUUUAUACGAGAGCUAUUGUUAACCAGAUUUCUGUGGACUCGAAGACGCAUUAUGAUCUCAAUUUUCUGUACCAAGAACUCUGGAUAGCAAUAAAGCUGAUGCCAGGACCAGAAAGCAAGGACAUAGCCUUCCAAGACCCUAUUCCGGAGAUCAUAGAUGGCAGGACAAUCUGGAGUUCUUGCGGACAAACAAUGGAAUCUGAGGACCUAACAUACCAGCCACUUCCCGUCGAUGUCUGUGCGUUCUGGACUUCAGUCCCUGACCACCUCGUCGUCCCUCAGCGAGGCUCAAGAGUCUUCACGUUCGCGAUGACAGCUGAUAAAAAUAAGACGGUUGCGAGACAGGAGCUGAUCAAAGUAUUGCAGGAGGAUGGGGAGGAGCUGUUCCAGAUGCAUGUGGACCACUGGCAGCAUCUGUACCAGCAGGGCGGCAUCGAUAUUGAAGGGAACUUGGAGCUGGGCAAAAUAGUAAAUGGUAUUUGGUACUACUUCCUGAGCUCGUUGCCAUCAGAGUCGUCUUACCAGCCUCUCGACAAAUACUACGGCCUCAGUCCCACUGGAUUAGCUAGAGGUGGAACCUUUGAAGACUAUGAAGGUCACAACUUCUGGGACACAGAAACCUGGAUGUUCCCUUCAAUCUUGUUGCUGUACCCUCAGUACGCGAACAAGCUACUGCAGUACCGGCUUGACAUGGCAUACGUGGCUGCUGAACUGGCGAAGCUAACUGGACAUAAAGGUUACAGGUUCCCAUGGGAGAGUGCGUACACGGGCGUGGAGGUGACGCAGCCGUGCUGCCCCGACGUGGCGCUGUACGAGCAGCACAUCAGCGGCUGCGUCGCCUUCGCCGUCAGGCAGUACCUCGCCACUACCAGGGAUGAGGACUGGUUGAAACAUGGCGGUUGCGACAUCGUUACAAAUAUUGCUGACUUCUGGGCUUCACGCGCUGUGAUCAACUAUAACACUGGGCUUUACGAUAUAUCAAAUGUGAUGGGCCCCGACGAAGAUCACAGGAAUGUCACCAACUCUGUUUUUACAAACGUAGUGGCUGGAUAUUCUCUUUACUUAGCACAAUACGUGUCCUGCUUGUGCAAAUCAUACUACAUGGCGAAGGACCCCGACCACUGGGCAGACAUUGCCUGGAGUCUGGCUCUACCUUAUGACCAGGAGCACAACUACCAUCCCCAAUUCUCCGGGUACCACCGAGGUGAAAAAAUCAAGCAGGCAGACGCCAUCUUGCUGGGAUUCCCUCUGCAAUAUGCUAUGAAUACAUCAACACGGAUCAACGACCUUAAUUACUACGAAUCGGUGACUCGCGAGAACGGCCCUGCUAUGACAUGGAGUAUGCACACUAUAGGCCACCUGAAACUGGGUGACCAGAGGAAAGCUAAGGCGGUCUUCAAUAUGAGCUACGAAGGUUUCGUUAGGGAACCAUUUAAGGUUUGGACUGAACUCCGUCGACCUGACGUCGGUGCUACAAACUUCUUCACCGGCAUGGGAGGCUUCCUGCAGGCCCUGAUAUUCGGAUAUGCAGGCCUCAGCAUCCACAUGGACCGGCUGGAGAUCGACAAGCCUCGAUUACCGCCUGAUGCAACGAAGUUAACUAUAAAAGGAAUCAAAUACCUCGGCGCAAACCUAACGCUGGAGUUACAGAAUAACAGCACGAGGCUAAGCGUGACGUCACUGGAUGAUAACUGGCAGCUUUUGCUGAACGACGGCAAAUAUAACAUCACGUUAGCACCCGGUGUUACAGUGAUUCUACCAGGGUCUGGACCUUUUACGAUACGUUCAGAGCAAUGGAAAGACUGCAAGCUGCCUUCGGACAUCAUUGGACAGAAUUAUUUAAGGCCUAUUGGCACAUAGUUAAAAAACAUAAUAUUAAAUUGAACUUGAAGGAAAUUAAAAAUUUAAGAUAAAACUCAUUCAUAAAUCUUAAACGAAAGCAAAUAUCAUUUCAUAUCUGUUUAAGGUUUUUCUUAACAAUUUCAUUAUUUAAAGCUUCUCACAACUUGCUAGUAUAGGAAAAUGUCAAUUUAUAGUCAAAUCGAAUAUCAUGACUUACUUUGAUUGCUAGGCUAAAAUGCUAAUGACCAAACAACCACUUUUCUGGAAAAAAACAAAC